AUGGACCAAAAACCAAAGUCCACUUCUACAGUGCAUAUUACAGUAUCUUUCUUCACAGGGAGAAGAGAAUUUAUCCAAAGAUUAAAACUUGAAGCAACCUUGAAUGUGCAUGAUGGAUGUGUGAAUACAAUUUGCUGGAAUGAUACAGGAGAAUAUAUUUUAUCUGGUUCAGAUGAUACCAAUCUGGUAAUUAGUAAUCCCUACAGCAGAAAGGUUUUAACAACCAUUCGCUCAGGACACAGGGCCAAUAUUUUUAGUGCAAAAUUCUUACCAUGCACCAAUGACAAACAGAUUGUAUCUUGUUCUGGAGAUGGAGUCAUUUUUUACACAAAUGUUGAACAAGAUGCGGAGACCAACAGACAAUGCCAGUAUACAUGCCACUAUGGAACUACCUAUGAGAUUAUGACAGUACCAAAUGAUCCCUAUACUUUCCUCUCUUGUGGUGAAGAUGGCACUGUAAGAUGGUUUGAUACUCGAAUCAAAACAAGUUGCACAAAGGAAGAUUGUAAAGAUGAUAUUUUAAUAAACUGUCGGCGUGCUGCCACUUCUGUUGCUAUCUGUCCACCAAUCCCAUACUAUCUGGCUGUGGGUUGUUCUGAUAGCUCAGUAAGAAUAUAUGAUCGGCGAAUGCUUGGUACAAGAGCAACAGGGAAUUAUGCUGGUAGAGGCACUGUUGGAAUGGUGGCACGGUUUGUUCCUCCUCAUCUCAAUAACAAAUCCUGCAGAGUAACAUCUCUAUGUUAUAGUGAAGAUGGUCAAGAGAUCCUUGUUAGCUACUCCUCAGAUUACAUAUACUUGUUUGAUCCCAAGGAUGACACAGCACGAGAACUUAAAGUUCCUUCUGCUGAAGAGAGACGGGAAGAGUUACGGCAACCUCCUGUUAAACGUUUGCGGCUAAGAGGAGACUGGUCGGAUACUGGACCAAGAGCAAGGCCUGAGAGUGAACGAGAAAGAGAUGGGGAGCAAAGUCCUAAUGUCUCUCUAAUGCAAAGGAUGUCAGACAUGCUGUCAAGAUGGUUUGAAGAAGCUAGUGAAGUUGCACAAAGCAAUCGAGGACGAGGAAGAUCACGGUCCAGAGGUGGGACUAAUCGGACAGAUGCUCCUGCUACUAGUAACGUGCCACCUAGUACAGAAUCAGAAACUGCAAUGGAAGUAGAUGGUUCUGAACAACUUCCAUCAUCAUCAUCUUCUACAAUGUCAGCCCAAGCUCCUUCAACAUCAUCUUCAACAGAAAGUCCCCCUUCAACUUCGUUAUUGUCCUCUCCUGAUAAUGAACAAAGGCCUUCUUUAGGGGCCUCAGCUCAACCUGUACUCCAUCAGUCUGAGUUAAUGGGACCUGAGUUAGCUAUAAUCCGUAGGGGUCUACAGCGACUGAGGCUUAAGAAGGCAGAACAACAGAGACAGCGAGAGCUAGCUGAGGGUUCAGCGCCACAGUCGUCCUCCUCUGAUCAGUCCUCCUCUAAGGGCUCCUCACAGGACCCUCAGACAUCAGAUUCUCCUUCUUCUGUGGUUAACAAACAGCUUGGAUCCAUGUCACUUGAUGAGCAACAGGAGAGUGAUAAGCCACGAACAGGAACAGGUGAACCAGUUUUAAGUUUGCACUACAGUACAGAAGGAACGACUACAAGCACGAUAAAACUGGACUUCACUGAUGAGUGGAGCAGCACAACUUCAAGCUCUAGAGGGAGUGGAAGUCAUUGCAAAACUGAAGGCCAAGAAGACUCUGUAAAAACAAAAGCCUCAGAAGAGUCAGGGCCUGAAGAUGAAGAAACAAGAGUUCCUGAUGAAUCUCACAAGGAAGAUGCAAGUGCUGAAGAACUGAAAACUACAGAUGAGACAGUAGAGACGACAGAAGCAACUGUAUCAGAUAAACCCAGUCCUGAUCAUUCUGGAAUCCAACCAGAAGAAAAUGGUCACAAUGUUGACGCUGUGUCUGGAAAUGCAGAGGAAGAAGCCUCCUGUGAAAAAAGUGCUAAUCAAGAAAUUUCAAGUCAAAGUGCUGAAUUCACUGCCAAUUCUCUUGCUGCAAACAAUGAACCUCAGCCACACCCAGAAUCCUCAGGGCUUGCAACUCCAGAUGAGUCCUCUACCAGGACCUCAGCUCUCCAAGAAACUGAUGAUAGUGAUGAUGAUCCUGUUCUGAUCCCAGGGGCAAGGUAUCGAGGAGGACCAGGACACAGACGAUCUGCUGUUGCCCGCAUUCAGGAGCUCUUCAGAAGGAGGAAAGAAAGAAAAGAAAUGGAAGAACUGGAAACGUUGAAUAUUAGACGUCCUUUAAUAAAGAUGGUUUAUAAAGGUCAUCGGAACUCCCGAACAAUGAUAAAGGAAGCCAAUUUUUGGGGAUCUAACUUCGUCAUGAGUGGUUCAGACUGUGGCCAUAUUUUCAUAUGGGACCGACAUACUGCUGAACAUCUCAUGCUUCUGGAAGCUGAUAAUCAUGUGGUGAACUGUCUUCAGCCUCAUCCAUUUGACCCAAUUCUGGCCUCUUCGGGUAUUGAUUAUGAUAUAAAAAUUUGGUCGCCAUUGGAAGAAUCCAAGAUUUUUAACAGAAAACUUGCAGAUGAGGUUAUAACACGUAAUGAAUUAAUGCUGGAAGAGACCAGAAACACUAUUACUGUUCCAGCUUCAUUUAUGUUACGAAUGUUGGCUUCGUUGAAUCAUAUAAGAGCAGACCGAUUGGAAGGUGACAGAUCAGAAGGAUCUGGUCAGGAAAAUGAAAAUGAAGAUGAAGAGUAACUGGCAGUUGUGUGCAAGCACCUAGAUGUUAAUGGAAUUUGUAUAAGACAUUAAUUAUAUUUUUCCUUACAGAGCUUUAGUGCAAUUCUAAGGUAUUGCUUUUUGGAUAACCUAACCUUUUGUUUUUGAAUGACUGUGUGCAUGACUUUGCGAGAGUGUGCAAGUAAAAUAAGCAAAAAUGUUUUUAAAAUGUUUUGCCAUGUAUGAGGGGUGCUAGAAGAUGCAAAGUGCAAUAUUUUCCUUAACCUGCAAAUGUGGGAGCUUGGAUCAAUGUUUUAAAGUAACUUUCAUUAUAGUAAAAACGUUGGUUCAAAUAAAUUUCUAUACCUGCUGUUUGCAUGUUUGUUGCUUUCUAAUUAAAAGAUUUGGUUGUUUUAAGUA